UCAGCUCGUCGAUCGAUCUCCUCCCCUCUCCCUCUGCCUCCAAUCUGAUCUCCAUUGCCGUUACGCCCCCUUCCUUCCGAGCUCGCUGAGCCCCAUGGUCGCAAUGGCGAGCGGCUUGACGGCUCUCGUCGCGGUGUCCGUGGCGCUGCUGCUGCUGCUGCUGAUGCUCAGUGGCACGGAGGCCAAGUUCCUGUCGAAGGCCAACAACAUCACCGUGGUCGGAUCGGUGUACUGCGACGCCUGCUCCAACAAUACCUUCUCCAAGCAUAGCUUCUUUCUGAAAGGAGCCCGGGUGCUGAUCAAGUGCAGCUUCAAGGUGAACUCGACGUCGUCGGAGGAGCUGUCCCUGGAGGCGGAGCGCACCACCGACCAGCACGGCGUCUACAAGCUGGACGUGCCCCCCGUGGACGGCUUCGAGUGCCGCGAGGGCCGCGAGCUCCGCUCGGCGUGCCGCGCCACGCUUGUCCGGAGCUCCUCCGCCGCCUGCAACGUCCCGGGCGUCGGGGGCUCCACGCAGCACAUCGCGCUCCGCUCCCGCGCCACCAACGCCUGCUUCCUCAACCUCAACGCGCUCAACUUCCGCCCCGCCAAGCGGGACGGCGCGCUCUGCCCCGGCGGCAGCGCGUUCGGCUCGUCGCUCUUCUUUUGGCCGUUCCUGCCGCUCUUCUGGCCGCCGUUCCGGCCGCCGUACGCCUCGCCGGGCGGCGCAGCCGGCGGGACGGUGUCGUUCCCGUGGCCGUUCCCAGUGCCGGAUUGGCUGGUGCCCUUCCUGCGCCCGCCGUUCUUGCCGUUCCCGCUCUACGAGCCGGCGGCGCCGCCGCCGCCGUUCUACCGCUUCCCUCCCUCCCAAGAAGCGGAUUCUCGCCCUUAGACAGACAUGAGUCGUAUUCAGAAGAACCUUGUCAAGAUAUGAGAUUUUAGCCUUCUUGCCAAGAAUAUCUGCAGAUUCUGUGUGCUAGUGGCGAGAGAGUGAGAGGCCUUCUCUGUGCAUGUAAUUGGAGCCAGUGCUGAUGUUGCCAUGGUGUUCAUUGUGCUCAUGAACAUGAGGUCUGAUAUUCAGUAGUGACAAUGGUUACUGGUGUUGAUCUUCU